GCGGCGCUGCGGCUGAAGCCCCGCCUUCCCGAGCCAAGAGCGCUCCGGGGCAUGGGCAGACCUCUGCAGGCCGGAUCCCCGCAGCCGCAGCCAGUCGUGAGGGAGCCGCCCCAGGCCGCGAUGCUGCCGCAGGUCUUCGUGCUCUCGUCCAAGGGCGACCGGCUCCUCUACAAGGACUUCCGUGGCGAGGGGGGCCUGGACCUGGUGGACACCUUCUACCGCAAGAUCACGGCGCUGCCGGCGGACCAGGCGCCCGUCUUCAUGCAGGCAGAUCAAGGGCUCCACUUCGUCCACGUGCGGCACGCCGGGCUCUACUUCGUGGCCACCGUCCUGCCUGGCACCUCCCCGUUCGCUGCAGUGGAGUUUCUCAACAGGUUGGUGACGCUGAUGCGUGAUUAUUGUGGCUCCUUGAACGAGAAGACAGUCAGCUUGAACUUUGCUCUCAUCUAUGAAGUGUUGGAUGAGCUGCUGGAUUAUGGCUACAUCCAGACAACAACACCUGAUGUGCUGAAGAACUUUAUCCAGAUGGAACCUGUGCUCAGCCAACACUUCAGCCUCCUUGACCUCAGUACUGUGGGCCUGUUUGGAGCAGACACACAGCAAAGCAAAGUGGCUCCCAGUUGUGCUGCUGCCCGCCCUGUCCUGCCCCUGCGGGGGGAGCAGGGUUCGCGGCCCGAGGUUUUCUUGGAUGUGGUGGAGCGCCUCACAGUCAUCAUCGCAGCCAAUGGCACUCCCAUGAAAACAGACAUCCAGGGGGAGAUUCGGCUCAAGAGCUUCUUGCCCAGCUGCUCAGAGAUGCGGGUCGGCCUCACUGAGGAAUUCUGUGUCGGCAAGAUGGAACUACGAGGCUAUGGUACGGCGGUCCGUGUGGACGAAUGCUCCUUCCACAACUCUGUCAAGCUGGAUGAAUUUGAGCGCAGCCGUAUCCUUCGGGUGAACCCAAGCCAAGGGGAGCUGGCCCUGAUGCAGUACCAGCUGGCUGAUGACAUCCCCACUGCCCUGCCUUUCCACCUCUUCCCCACCAUCAGCCACGACCCCAAUGGCCGGGUGCAAGUUUACUUCAAGCUUCGCUGUGACUUAUCACCCAAGAGCCAUGCGGUGAAUGUCCACAUCCACCUCCCUGUUCCCAAGGCUACUCUGAGCCUCUCCCAGGAGCUGAGCAGCCCAGAACAGACAGCAGUCUUGCAGCCCACCACCAAGUCCAUUGAAUGGGUCGUGCCCCGAGUGCAGGGUGGCUCCCAGCUCUCUGCCCUGUUUAAGCUGGAGGUGCCAGGCCUGAGCCGGGCAGGCCUGCUGGAACUGGGCCCCGUCAACCUCUCUUUUGAGGUGCCUGCCUACACUUGUUCUGGGCUGCAAAUCCGCUUUCUGCGUUUCCUGGGGCCUCAGCCGAGCCUUCCUCACCGCUGGGUGCGGUAUGUGACCCACAGCGAGUCCUACGUCAUCCGUCUCAAUGCAGGCUAGACCCUCUGGGGAAAAUGGUGAGAGCAAGCUUCUUUGAGACACCACUGGUUUUUUCAACAAGCACCUUUAUUUUUUACUAACAAGGAUUAACAGACAGAGCCAGAUCGAGGCACUGUUCAGCACCUAAUAAACAAUGUAACAGAAAA